GGAAGGAGGGCAAACCUAAGCUAGGGAGGGAGGAGGAGGGAUGUGAGGAGAAGAUAAAUCUGCAUUCUACCGUUGCCUCUGGUCAGAGACAGUUGGAGCUACAGUGAAGCAGCAUCACUGGCUGGAGACAGAGCAUCAUACAUUUAAAACAUACUCAGCUGCAAAAAGGCUGCAAGCUGAUAUUUGAGAUUGCAAGAGCGGAGAAAAGACGAAACGAUCAACUGGACUCGACAAAGACACAGCUAUGCGGCCGCGGUCCAGACUGCUGUCCAAGCGAAGACUCCUGCUACCCACAAUUAGAGAGGGCACAGAGGAGACAGUGAGGGAUUUGAAUGAGGCCAACACACUCCAUAUCGCUGGCCACGGCCAGGCUGUCUCCUCAGAGGACUACCUCCUCUCCAUCUGCCACCUGGCCCACCCCACCUUCACCACCAGAGAUGUGUCCCCCUACAACAUCCACACACGGCAGCUGGACUCUGUGCACCAGAGGCUGCGGCUGUCACGGCUCAGUGGGAAUUUAACCACCUUUGAAUUCAGCCCCACAGAGGAGACGCAUGCCACCGAUAUGCAGCAGGGAGAGGGGAAAGAACUGAUCGGCGAGCUGAUGUUUGGCAACUCUGACCCUCUGGAGUAUCUUUAUGGACACCAGAACAACAUCUCAGGGGGUGUGAGAAGGGCAUUUGUCGAGGGAAGGUUUAUAAGGCAACAUGGGAGUACAUGGGAGGGCCAGACUCGCUCCAGAGCUCACAGCAUCCCCCGUGCUUCAAGUCCAGACCUCCCACACCAGCGCAAGAGCAGCUGCCCUGAGUUACACACCAGCAAUGACACUUCUAUACCAAACGUCUCCCCAAAACACAGCUUAUCCAGGUUGGAGGCCAGGAAAGGAAGCCCAGCAGACAGAGGAGCUGAGGGGGAGAGACAGAAUCCAACCAUCAAACAAUCCCUCAUCUCCCAGUGGAUCUCUGACUGCAGGUUGGCGUGGAGGGAGGCGCGUGUACGAGCCUGCAUGCUGCCCGCCAUUGCUGAGAUAUAGGGUGCAAAUGGACAGACACUGUGACAGAAGACAUUCCUCAAUAAAGUAUCCUAAUCUUUUUCUGUCAGUGCAUGAGACAUUGACGUUAGGAGAUAUGUAGAUGACUAUUAUGCAGAUAUAUAUAAGAUAUAUGAUUAAAUACACAUUUGAAAACAUACAGAGGCAAGUAAAUAUUGUCAUAAUUGUCCAUCUGUAAUGUUACAUCAAUGUCAUUAUUUACUAUUAUGACCUACCUACACUUGAUGUAUGCUGAUGAUCAUACAAAAUCUUUUUUUACCCUCCAGUCUUUUGUGAACUAAGUAUGAAUAAAUACACAAAUCUUUUGAUACUCUCAA